GUUGUGUCAUUUUAUGAAUCGGUCUUAUUUUACCAGAGUCUCGUUUUUAUCUAUAGCUUCUUUGAUUCAUAAAGCAUGGGGGUAUCCUGCUUCCAUUUUAGUAGAACAAACUUUGGAAUCCACUUUUUCUCCAGGAAUGAUUGAAAAAACUAUUUUAGUCAUUUUCUUAGUCUUACUGGGUGGUGUAUUUGCUGGUUUGACUCUUGGUUUGAUGGGUUUAGAUGAAACAAACCUUCAUGUACUUUUACAGACUGGUACAGAAACUGAAAAAAAGAAUGCAAAAAAGGUCAUGUCUUUAUUACAACGUGGACGUCAUUGGGUAUUAGUCACUCUUCUUUUAUCUAAUGUGGUUGUGAACGAAACUCUUCCUAUUAUUCUUCAUGAUGUUAUUGGUGGUGGUUGGCAAGCUGUGGCUAUUUCUACUGCCUUGAUUGUUAUUUUUGGAGAAGUGAUUCCUCAAUCUAUUUGUGUACGAUAUGGUUUAGCUAUUGGUGCCAAGACUGCAAACAUGGUUCUCAUCUUUAUGUAUCUGAUGUAUCCUGUGGCUUACCCUACUGCUCUUCUUCUUGAUUAUUUUCUUGGUGAAUCUCAUGGUACCGUAUACAAAAAAGCAGGUCUCAAAACUCUUGUUUCUCUUCAUCAAGCUGUCAGUCCUGCUGAUGUAGAUGCUCUCACUACUGAUGAAGUGACUAUUAUUAGUGCUGUGCUUGAUUUGCGUUCCAAAGCUGUCUCCUCAAUUAUGACACCUAUCGAUGAUGUCUUUACAUUAUCUACUGAUGAUAUUUUGAAUGAAGAAGUGGUGAACAAGAUAUUGUAUCAUGGCUACUCCCGAAUUCUGAUUUCUGCCCCUGAAAACAAAUCAAACUUUGUUGGUAUGCUCCUUGUCAAACAACUUAUAACUUAUGAUCCUGAAGAUGCUGUACCUGUCAAACAUUUUGAUCUUAUUGCAUUACCCGAAACAUCACCGGAUACUAGUUGUUUGGAUAUCUUGAACUUCUUUCAAGAAGGCAAAAGUCAUUUGGCAUUGGUAUCAUCAAACCCUGGAAGUGUUGGUGGAGCUCUUGGUAUUAUUACUUUGGAAGAUGUUAUUGAAGAACUUAUUGGUGAAGAAAUUGUGGAUGAAACCGAUGUUUAUGUGGAUGUUCAUAAUAAGAUUCGUGUAGUUCGUCGACAAACAGGUCAACGUCGUGGAAGUUCUCGAUUGACGCGUUUAUUGACUCUUCAUCGCAACGCCCAAAAUGCCAAAGCAAAUCAAGAUAAACCUACCAAUGGAAAACCAACUGAUAAAAAACCAUAUGGUGCGACUGAUAAUAAUAAUAACCAUGAUUCCCCUAGUGAAACCCAACCACUUUUACAUUAGUAUAUUCUUAUAUAGAUCUUUUUUUUUAAAAUCUAUUUAUUAUUUAUUCAGUAAAAUAUGAAAACAUUUUUUAUUAUUAUUAUUA